AUGAGACGCAAAAUGGGAAAGAAAAACCCUUCACUUUUUCAGUUGAUCAGCAUGUUGUCAUUUUCUAAAAGAAGAAAGCAGCAGAGAUGUGGAGAAGAUGAUGCAACACUGCAACCUCCUCCACUGGCCAGCAGACAAUAUUACACGCUGCCCAACAAUGGCGCCGGACUUGAGAGAAGGUCUGCACAUCCAGUUAGCAUCAGUAUGGAGUCACCCCGCUUUCACCCCCACGCCAAAGGCAAGAAUAUAAGACUUGACGGGCAGCUUCGCCGCGCCACUCGAAAGAACAGUUUUUGCAAUGGGAUCACCUUCAGUCACAGGCCUGUCCAUCUCUACGAAAAGGUGCGACUUCGUCUUACUGGAGUGCACACCGGCUGGAGUGGAGCUCUACGCUUUGGUUUCACCAGUCUGGACCCAAGUGAUUUGAUCAUAUCUGACAUCCCCAAAUACGCUUGUCCAGAUUUGGUGACGCGGCCCGGAUACUGGGCCAAGGCACUGCCUGAAAGACUCGCCUUGAAAGACAGUGUGCUUGCCUUCUGGACCGAUCGCCACGGGAGAGUAUUCUACAGUAUUAAUGAUGGCGAGCCAAUCCUCUUCCAUUGUGGCCUCAGCAUCGGCUGCCCGCUCUGGGCCAUCGUUGAUAUCUACGGCAUCACUCAGGAAGUCACGCUGCUUGAAAGCACGUUUGCCGAGAGCGUCAGCUCGAGCUGCCUGAGCGCCGCCCGCCUGAGUGCCUAUCUCCCCCAAAGCAGCCACGAUUCGGCCAAUUACAGCAAUAAUCAACUGGAGAACAACCAAGCCGCUGCCGCCAAGAUGGCCAACAUCCAGCUCAAUACUUACACUCAGCUAAUCCCCUACUGCUCAUCCAAUUCGUCCUCCAACACGCCGGCCUCAUCUGUCUCCUCCGGAUUCUCCAGGGUGGUUCGGAGCCUCCCCUCCCCGCUGAACAAUGACCUGCACUUUCACCCCAUCCGCGGCUCCGACAUCAUACUUUCCGCAGACCGCUCAGCUGCUUGUAUCCACUUUCUGGACAGCAGUCGAACUCUUGUGUUUAGUGAUCGGCCUCUGUACACCGGAGAGACUUUAUACGUAGAGGUCGGCCAUCUGGGUCUGCCUUAUUUCGGGGCGCUGUGGUUUGGUUUGACGUCCUGUGACCCAGCUAGUCUUCACGCCGGGGACCUGCCGGCUGAUCCAGAGGUUUUGCUGGACCGUAAGGAGUACUGGGUGGUUCAUCGUGGGUUCCCGAUGCCGUGCUCCGGGGACGUGCUGAGCUUUAGUCUGCUGCCCAGUGGAGAGGUGCACCACGGAGUGAACGGAGUGGGACGUGGCAGGCUGCUUUGCGUAGACCCUUCUCAGGUGCUGUGGGCCUUCUUCGCCCUACACGGGGCUGUGAACAGACUCAAGAUACUCGGAACGCUGCAGCCCAGUCCUCCCUCCACAUCCCCCACCACCUCCCAGAGCAGCAGCCCAGACGACAGCGAUUCAGAUCUGGCCUUCAGUGUCAACAGAUCCUCCUCUGCGUCUGAAUCUUCCCUGGUGACUGCUCCCAGCUCCCCUCUCAGUCCUCCUGUAUCUCCCUGCCUGGGUGGCUCAGAGUGGCCCUCUUGUGAGAAAAACGGGGAAUGCACCAUCUGCUUUGACCAAGAAGUGGACACGGUUAUCUACACUUGCGGUCAUAUGUGUCUGUGCAACGAUUGUGGACUGAAGCUCAAGAGGCAGAUCAACGCAUGUUGCCCGAUAUGCAGGAGGCCCAUCAAAGAUGUGAUCAAAACAUAUCGGCCAUGA